CUCCGGUUCUUUCCCCCUCCCUGAGCCCGCUCUCCGUCCAUCGUCCUGCGGCUUCCCCGCCGCUCUCUUCCGGGCACCCCCAGCUUGUGUCCCCCCACCCCCGUGCAGCUGCAGCCCCCACCCGUGCUGUCUGUGCCGCUCUCUCCAUCUUCUCUCUAUGUACCCCUGAGCACCCUCUGGCACCCCAUGACUCCCUCACCCUGUGCACCUCUGUUUAACCCCCUGGAGCCACCUCCCCAUGCAUCCCCUGUCUCUCAGUACCUCUCUGCAUCCACCCUGCAUCCCCCUCUCUGCGCUCAGCCUUGCUGGCUGCCCACAGUGUAGUCUGGUCUCUGCCCUCUUGAUGCUGCACCCAAAAAUCUCUCUGCUCUCCCAGCUGUGCUAUGCUUUUUUUCCUUUUAUAUUUUUUUCCCUCGCUUCACCCCAAAUCUUUCCUGCCUGACUCCCCUCACUGAACCCUUGACACGCUCUCAGCACCCUGUAAGGUGCACCCGGAGGGACAGGCAUGAACACCCUGAGUCCUGGUAGAGCUGGGGUGCCCCUCGUCCCCCUCCACAACCCCACUGCUGCUGGUGACUGAGCUGGUGGCUGUCCCGCUCCGGCCACGAUGGCCACACCAGACGUCAGCGUCCACAUGGAGGAGGUGGUGGUGGUGACCACGCCGGACGGCGCCGUUGUGGACGGCGGUGGCAUGGAGGAGGUGAAGACAGUGCUGGUCACCACCAACCUGUCCCAGCAUGGUGGUGACAUCAACGAAGACACUCUGGAGACUGAAAAUGCAGCUGCUGCAGCUGCUGCUGCCUUCACAGCCUCCACAGACCUGAAGGAAGCAGUUCUAGUGAAGAUGGCUGAAGAUGAGGACAGUUUGGAGGCAGAGAUUGUCUACCCCAUCACCUGUGGGGACAGCAAAGCCAACCUCAUCUGGAGGAAGUUUGUGUGCCCUGGAAUCAAUGUGAAGUGUGUACAGUUUCAUGAUCACCUAAUCAGCCCCAAGGAGUUUGUCCACCUGGCAGGCAAGUCGACCUUGAAAGAUUGGAAGCGGGCGAUCCGGAUGAAUGGGAUCAUGCUCCGGAAGAUUAUGGACUCAGGAGAGCUGGAUUUUUAUCAGCACACAAAGGUCUGUUCCAACACCUGCCGGAGCACCAAAAUUGACCUGACAGGAGCCAGGGUGUCCCUGACCAGCCAGACAUCAACAGAGUACAUCCCUCUGACUCCUGCCUCUGCCGAUGUGAACGGAUCCCCGGCUACAAUAACCAUAGAAACAUGCGAGGAUGCCAGCGAUUGGAGCACCAGCAUUGGAGAUGACACCUUUGCUUUUUGGCAAGGUCUGAAGGACAGUGGUCUCCUGGAAGAAGUGAUCCAUGAGUUCCACCAGGAGCUGGUGGAGACUAUGAAGGGAUUGCAGCAGCGAGCACAGGAUCCCCCGCUGCAGCUUGGGGAUGCUGUUUUACUCAACAACGUAGUCCAGAACUUUGGGAUGCUGGAUCUGGUCAAGAAGGUCCUGGCCAGCCACAAGUGCCAGAUGGAUCGCUCGAGGGAGCAGUACACACGGGAUUUGGCAGCUCUGGAGCAGCAGUGUGACGAGCACCGCAAGCGAGCAAAGGAGCUGAAGCACAAAUCACAGCAUCUCAACAACGUCCUGAUGACCCUCACGCCCGUCUCUGUUCCCACGCCUCUGAAACGCCCCAGGCUGACCAGGGCCACCUCCGGACCAGCUGCCAUCACCUCCCAAGUCCUGUCCCAGCCAGCACAGCUCACUGUCACCCCCGGCGUGCCAGUGUCCCAGAUUGCCAAUCUCCCUCUUGGCAAAGUGGUCUCGGCCCUCCCUCCUUCGGUGCUGGGGAAGAGCCCUGCCCAGCCCCCCGCUGCCAGCUCCCCGGCCUCCCCUCUGCUGGGGGGGUACACGGUGCUGGCCUCUGCCGGCUCCACCUUCCCCGGCACGGUGGAGAUCCACCCGGACGCUUCCAACCUGACGGUGCUGAGCACGGCUGCGGUCCAGGACGGCAGCACGGUGGUGAAGGUGGUGAGCCCCUUCCAGCUCCUGACGCUCCCAGGACUUGGCACGACCAUCCAGAAUGUGACACAAAUAGCUCCCAGUGGGAGCACGGUCGUGACUGUCCCGUCCGGUGCCACCGAGGCUGCCGGGGACGAGCACGCUGCCGCCGCCAUCGAGGUGACCGCAGUGGCUGAUGAGGCGGAGCAGAAGUGAGAGGGGGGACUUGCCUGGAGGGACGCUGGCCGUGCCACUCUGGGGGGAACUGCCUCUUCUCUGGCUGCACUGUGGGGCGAGGAGUGGUGUCAUGAGGGGCACGGGCUAACAAGACUCGGAGCAGCUCGUGUUGGGAGCAAGGAGGUUCAGGUCAGAGGGAAGGAGGGGGGAGGAAGGAUGCCUGGAGAAGGGAAAGGCAGACGUGCUCUGCCUUGUUUGGAGGAGGGAAGAAAAAAAGAGCUUAUUUUUUUAUAGAGCUUUCCUCCCCUGUUCUCUUGGAGUAGUUUUCCUGCUCUGGGUCAUCAGCCCAGCCUUGUUGGCUGGCACAGCUGGAGCAGUGUCCAUCGGAGGAGUGGGCAGGAGCAGGGAGAAGGUGGUAGCAAAAGGAAGCUGCCGAGAGGUCUGAUGUGCAGGGAGCUGGCUGCUCCCCGUCCCUAGGGGCUGCAGGAGUGGAGAGGGGUGCCAAGAGCAGGAAAUCUGUGGAUGUGCACAAUCGUUGACACCAGGAAGGGCUCUGGCAGCAUGGGCACAGCCCCGUGGAGGUUGGGUUUUGUGCGUGACACUGGCUUUGGGUGGCAGGAACAAGUGGGAGCUGUUGUGACAGUGGGCAUAUGGUGGUUGCCCAGGUCUGCUGGGGAAGAAGCAGGAAGACAGGAACCCAGAGGACUGAGAAGAGCUGUGACUUCUGAGGAUUUAGGGUCUUUUUCUAGUUUUCUCAAAAAAAAAAAAAAAUCCAUUAUUGGGAUUUUUUUAAGCCAAUGGCGAUUUUUAAGCAAAGCCCUGGUUGGGAAGCUCGAUCUGCAUGGCAGAGCCGUGCUGCGGAGCGCGCAGAGCUGAGCCCCACGGCUGUGCUCCAAGGAGCUCACACUUCCUCACGAGGGCAGACCCUGCUGUCCCCAGUCCCCAGCACCCAUGGGAGCCGGACUCUGCCAUCCCCUCCCUGCUGGGUUUAAGCAGCCGUUCUGUAACGGGGUGGUCGACCCCCCAGUUCUCCUUCAGCCACCCCACUUGCUGUGACUCUCACCAGGUCCCAUGCCAGGGCCUGUGUGUCUCACAGUGUCUCUGGCUGGAAGGAGUCGGGUGCUUGGAGUGUUGGGGUUUCUCCAAACUUGAUCUGACAACAGCAGCAACGACAGGUCACUUUAUUGAGUAAUAAAUAUUUUUUUGAAAGAA